UGCUAUUUUGACAGCAAUCUCUAACCGGGCUCUCAAGUCUCGACUUUGUCUCGAAAUAAGAACCCUAAGUAAGUUCCUCCCUCUUAAUACUUUAAUUUGCGUAAAAGUAGGGCAACUUCAUGGUGUUCUACUUCAAAGCACGCCCUGAAGCUGGCGAUUACACCAUCUUCAUGGGCCUUGACAAACACGAGAAUGAGGAGCUGAUCAAGCAUGGUUUUCCUGAAGACAUCUGGUUCCAUGUGGAUAAAAUGUCUUCGGCACAUGUUUAUCUCAGACUGCAUAAAGGUCAGACUAUUGAUGAUAUUAGCGAAGGUUUACUGGAAGACUGUGCUCAGCUGGUCAAAGCAAAUUCGAUCCAGGGAAAUAAGGUGAACAAUGUUGAUGUUGUUUACACUCCGUGGUCCAAUUUAAAGAAAACUGCUUCGAUGGAUGUUGGUCAAGUUAGCUUUCACGACUCAAAAAUGGUUCGAACUACGAGAGUGGAGAAGCGAAUAAAUGAAAUUGUUAACAGGUUGAACCGGACAAAAGUGGAACGUAAACCAGAUUUGAAGGCCGAACGAGAAGCUGUGGAUGCAGCAGAAAGAGCAGAGAGAAAACAACAAAUGAGAGAACAGAAACGUCGUCAAGAAUUAGAAAGACUUGAACGGGAGAAACAGGCAGAGACGAGGAGCUACAAGGAUUUAAUGGUAUCGGAAAACAUGACAUCCAAUAAGCAGAUUGCAUCAGAAAGCAAAUCACUGCAUGAAAUAGAGGAGGAUUUUAUGUAAGCAUUGAUUUUGCGGCUCUAGUUCGAUGAUUGGUGAGCCGCGAGCUAAGUUGCUGCACGCUUGGAAUUACUCUGUUCCUGGAAGUUAAAUCUGCACUAUUUUGAGUUCAUACUCAGAAAAAAUAAGCCCUCUGUAAAUGUAGUGUGGUCUGCGGUGGGAUGAAGAAAUUGAAGAAAUGAAAAAAAAAAAAAAUGAUGGAUAUGGUUAAUAGUUUUUAUACCCAUUGAUGGAAAGAAAUUUCGCCUGGUUAACCCUGCUUAGGUAAAGGGUUUCUAAGUUGUCCCUGUCCAAGUUAGAAACCAAACUUUAGUAGCCAUAAUUUAUUGCAAUGGUCUCUGUUGUGCUUGUCUGUAAGUUUAUUUAUGUUUUUGUAAGUUUAUUAAUUUCCAGUCAAACAACAUAAAUUAAAUCAUCAGAUGCUCCUUUAGCAA